ACUAGGACUAAAAGAAAAAAUGUUACAGACAUGUUUUAACAAAAAAAAAUCUGAGAUUAGAACAAAAAAAAUUGAAAUGUCACAUGGACCAAAACUAUAUUGAAGUUAAAAAGUAAUUCUUUAACUUUAGCUCUAAAGCUCAUCAAUUUAUAUGAUCAUAAUUUGCAAGCCUACUCCCCUUAAUGAUGAGAACCACAACCCUAAACUAAUAAAAAAUUAGAAAGGAAUUUCUUUCAAGCAUUAUUUAUUUGCAACACUACAAUUAUUCCUAAAGCAAUAAGAUUGUUAUAAUUGCUGCCAUAAUGACCACUAUGAUGAUUAUGAAUAACAUACCUUUUCCAAGUACUAUAUAAGAGUCAAGCAUUAUGCCAUUUUCACAAGAUAACUUAUAAAACUACCGUGCCUAAUAACAUGUUCAAGAAAGGUUCUAUCACCAUAUCAAUGUUCUCAAAUUCUAACCUAUUGGUUGGAUUAUACCGUCCGCGGAGGCGGCUGCGACGGCGUAGGGGAAGCAGCGUCCGGCUAGGGAACAAGCGACGAGGUUUUUGCCUUGGAUCUCGUCGUGUGGUACAAUGGGGUGUCAUGGCUCCUUUUAGGAUGUUGAAGAAAAUCUUAAUGGAAAUCGCACCAAAGGGACAUUGGAUAGAAGCUUAUUGUUGGUCUUUACCACUUCUACGUCCUCAACUAUUCCCCCUUUGUUAAUCACAACUAAACGGAUUUCAUUCCAUCCCUAAUACAAUCUCCAUAGAAAUUGUGAAACAGCAAAAAGAAAAAUACAUGAAUGAGUGUGUAAGUUGUAAUCAAAACUUCCUAAGUUUUAUUCCUCUGCUUGGAGAAAGAAUCAUGUAAACGUUUUCUUUUGUAAUCCAUAAUGUAAAAAUGUCCAAGAAAAAUCAAAUUACUCUAUACUUUUGUGUGGUUA